AUGUCUUUCUUCACAGCAUCUAACGGCCUUGCUCGUGAUAUGUGGCCUCACUACAUUGGACGUCCGAUUCACGACGUCGACACCAUCGACACCCUCCCUCAGUCUCGUAUAGUCCCUACCAGUAUUGAUGGGCUGUGCGACUGGGCAACUGUCAUACCUGUUAGAGAUUCUCGUCGCACUGGGGAUCGUCGCUUUGUUCUAGUCCACUCACCCGUGCCCGAUAAUGACGACGAUGUCACUGUAGUAUCUUUCCGUGUGCAGGGCAUUGUUAAGAGUGCGAUUCUUGCCACACUCGACAAUUGGACCGGAGAACCACGCAAUUCUGUCCGCGCAAUGCAGUCCGUCACAUUGACAUCUGGUGGCCACCACACUCCUUUCACCGCACAGAUCGAAAAUCUUGCGACCGUGGAGGAAUACAUCGCCUGUGUGCUCAAUUCUGAUCUAAAGCCCAGUCCACUCGCAAAUGACCAGGAAGAGUUGACGUUGAAGAGGCGGGUGUUCACACGUGUUCACCCGACGCUCCACACCCCUCCCAUCAUACUCCGUUCCUCGGAUGAUCCUCAGGGCCAGGCCCGGAAGAUCUCAAGACAGUGGGUCGUUUGCGACAAACUCACCGCUGCACGUCAAGUUCUCUCUCAGGGGACACUGUUGCAGUGUCCUCCCAUUGCGGUCCGUCCCGGCGAUUUCGUCGACGUAGGCUUCACCAUGGAGGCAUCCGUUCAACGUUCUGGCAGAACGUCGAUCGUUUCGGUUCACCUCGUGCUAGAGCACCUUACCGUCGCCCUCGGCGCCAUCGAAAUCCCUCUUCGAACCAAGUAUCGACGUGACAAUGGCCUCAUCGUUGCUGCCGACACUUCCAUGGCGGACACUGAUGAGUAA